CGCCCGCUCCGGUGGGGCGGGCGGAAGGAGGGCUGCCGAAAUACACCUCCCGGCGUGCCGCGGGCCGGCAGGUUAACCGGAACCGACAGAGGCCUCAAGGCCGCGAGCGCUGUGGCGGAAGGGUCGCGGCGUCGUUUCUCCGCACUCGCGCCGGGCAGGCUGUGGCUGCCGGGGAGCAGCUCGCCAUGUCGACGGUCGCCGCCGCCAGCUGCGAUACUAAGGGCGCGGGGGAGGCGGGGGGGGAAAAGAAGCCGCUGAAGCCCUGCUGCGCCUGCCCCGAGACCAAGAAAGCGCGGGACGCCUGCAUCAUUGAGAAGGGGGAAGAAAAUUGUGGGCACCUAAUUGAAGCUCACAAAGAGUGUAUGAGAGCUCUGGGCUUCAAGAUAUGAGUGUGGUGAGCAGGACUGUGAGUGAGGUGAUGUCUGUGGUGUGACUGUGUUCUGGAAAGCUGCAAAAUAAAUUAUUUCUGCAAGUUACUUCAAAGAGCAAAUAUAAACGAAUCUAUUUAUAGUCUCUAAUGAUAGACUGUGCAUCACGUCUGUGGCUUUUCCACUGUUAGCUCUUGAGCUGCUAUAGAAAAUAUAUUUUUUUUCCUCUUAAUAAAAAUCUGAAAAUGACCAGCA